AUGGAGGCGAUUUUGGACUUUUCGCAGGACCUUGACCUCGGUCUGCUCGACACUAUUGUUGCGGCGAUGUUCACAGGGGUCGGUAGCGAGCAGCGCAUGGCACAACAGGUGCUGGCGCAGUUCCAGGAGCACCCUGACGCGUGGCAACGCGUGCCGGUGAUUCUGCAACAGAGCAGCAAUUCUCAGACCAAGUACAUUGCACUGCAGAUUCUCGACAAGCUAAUCGCUACGCGCUGGAAGGUGCUCCCUGUGGAUCAGCAGCAGGGGAUCCGUAACUUUAUUGUGGAGAUGAUCGUGACCAUGUCCGCGGAGGAGGACAUGCUCCGCCGUGAGCGCACGCUUCUGGGCAAGCUGGAUACAACCCUGAUCCAGAUUCUCAAGCAGGAGUGGCCGCACAACUGGCCGAACUUUAUUCCGGAAAUUGUGUCGUCGUCGCGCGGCUCGCUCUCGAUUUGCGAGAACAACAUGGCCAUCCUGCGUCUACUCUCCGAGGAAGUAUUUGACUUCUCCGCCGAGCAAAUGACGCAGGCCAAGGCCCGCAAUCUGAAGAACCAGUUCUGCGGCGAAUUCGGCGAGGUGUUCCAGCUGUGCACUGAAGUGCUCGAAAAGGCAACGAAACCGUCGCUGAUUAAGGCUACACUGGAGACCAUGCUUCGCUUUUUGAACUGGAUCCCGCUGGGUUUUAUUUUUGAGACCAAUGUGAUUGACAACCUGGUCGGCCGCUUUCUCGAGGUGCCCGAUUUCCGGAAUGUCACGCUCAAGUGCCUGUCGGAAAUCGUGAAUCUGAACGUUGGCCCCGAGUACGACCCCAAGUUCGUUGUGCUGUUUAACAUGGUGAUGACUUCGAUCAACCGAAUGAUUCCGCCCUCGACGGACAUUGCCGGUGUCUACGAGACCUCGACAGACGAGGACCAAGAGCUCGUACUGAACCUUGCAUUGUUCCUGAGCAACUUCCUCAUCGCCCAUGUUCGUCUCCUUGAGAAUGCAGAGAACCAGGAGGUGCUACUUAAUGCACAUCUCUAUUUGAUCAAAGUAUCACAGGUGCCGGAGCGCGAGAUCUUUAAGAUUUGCCUUGAAUAUUGGGCCAAGCUCGUGAGCGAGCUGUACGAGGAGUUCCAGCAGUUCCCCAUGUCGGACGUCAACUCAGUCUGGGGUCUGAACCUGGGUGGUGCUCAGGCGGCGCAGCGCAAUGCGACGGGCCGCAAGGCGUUUUAUGUGAACAUUCUCUCCAACCUGCGCCUUGUGAUGAUCGAGCGGAUGGUCAAGCCCGAGGAAGUGCUGAUUGUCGAGAACGAUGAAGGUGAAAUUGUACGCGAGUUCCUCAAGGAGUCGGAUACGAUUGUCCUGUACAAAGCAAUGCGCGAGGUGCUCGUUUACCUGACCCAUCUUGACGUGCUUGACACGGAGAAUAUCAUGACAGAAAAACUUGCAAGGCAGGUCGACGGGUCUGAGUGGUCCUGGGCGAACUUGAACACGCUUUGCUGGGCCAUUGGCUCUAUUUCAGGAGCUAUGAAUGAGGAAACAGAGAAGCGCUUCCUUGUGACGGUGAUCAAGGAUUUGCUGGGUCUUUGUGAGAUGAAGCGUGGCAAGGACAACAAGGCCGUGGUCGCAUCGAACAUUAUGUACAUUGUCGGCCAAUACCCCCGCUUCCUUAAGGCACACUGGAAAUUCCUCAAGACGGUCGUCAACAAAAACUUUGAGUUCAUGCACGAAACCCAUGAGGGUGUCCAGGACAUGGCGUGCGAUACGUUCUCGAAGAUUGCCCAAAAGUGCCGUCGACACUUUGUGAUGCAACAGGCGGGUGAGCAGGAGCCAUUUAUCGACGAAAUUCUGCGCAACCUACUGCAAAUCACUGUGGACCUAUCGCCUCAGCAGGUGCAUACCUUCUACGAAGCGGUGGGCUACAUGAUUGCGGCACAGCCAAAUCGGGCGACGCAGGAGCGCCUGGUAGCUAACCUGAUGGAACUGCCGAACAAUGCCUGGGACAACCUGAUGAAGCAGGCCCACAGCAACGUGGAUGUGCUCAGCAGCCCUGAUAAUAUCAAGGUGUUGUCGAAUGUGCUCAAGACAAAUGUUGCUGCGUGCACCUCGAUCGGGCCCUUCUUCCUCCCUCAAAUUGGCCGCAUAUACCUGGACAUGCUCGCACUCUACCGCAGUGUGAGCAGCAUCAUCAGUGCAAAGGUGGAAGCCGAGGGUCUGAUUGCGACCAAAACGCCCAUGGUGCGAGGUCUGCGCGCGAUCAAGAAGGAUAUUCUCCGGCUUGUCGACACGUAUAUCCGUCGCGCAGACGAUCUUGAGGCUGUUAAUGCGAACCUGAUUCCUUCGCUGCUUGACGCAAUCCUGGGUGACUAUCACAACAACAUUCCAGCGGCACGCGACGCGGAGGUUCUGAAUGUGAUGGCAACUAUCACAGCGCGCCUGGGUGGCCUGCUCACGGACAAAAUUCCGCCGGUGCUGGAUGCUGUGUUUGAGCCUACACUGAACAUGAUUAAUCAGGACUUUGCCGAGUUCCCUGAGCACCGUGUUGGAUUCUUCAAGCUACUGCGAGCGAUCAACCUGCACUGCUUCUCGGCUCUCUUGCAACUUCCGCCUGCCAAGUUCAAGCUGACGAUGGACUCGAUCAUCUGGGCGAUCAAGCAUACGAUGCGCGACAUUGCGGACACUGGUCUGAACAUUUGCCUCGAGUUGCUUAACAACAUCGCAGGUACCGACCCAUCGAUUUCGGGCGCCUUCUACCAGCAGUACCUACUUAACAUGCUGCAGGACAUCUUCUAUGUGCUCACUGAUGCGGACCACAAGAGCGGUUUCAAAACGCAGUGCCUUUUAUUGGCGCGCAUCUUUGAGCUGAUUGAGACGAACAAGGUGGUGGUGCCACUGUGGGACCCAGCGCAGGUGAGCGACCCUGGUAUGAACAACCAACUGUUUAUCCGGCAAUACACGGCGAACCUGCUGCGCACUGCGUUCCCCCAUGUGCAGCCACAGUACAUCGAGCAGUUUGUCAGUGGUUUGUGCUCCCUGUCGUCGGACCUCGUGCAGUAUAAGGUGCAUCUGCGAGACUUCCUGAUUACGUCGCGCGAGGUGGCAGGAGGUCUGGACAAUUCAGACCUGUUCCUCGAGGAGAAGGAGGCAGAGCAGCAGCGCAAGGCCGCCGAAGAGCGCGAGAAUGCGGCCAAGAUUCCAGGCAUGCUCAAACCCUCGCAGAUCACCGAGGAAGACGAGGAGCUCUGA